AUGGCACAUCGGCUACAGAUACGACUGCUGACAUGGGACGUGAAGGAUACGCUGCUCAGGCUCCGCCACCCCGUGGGAGAGGAAUAUGCCUCCAAGGCCCGGGCCCACGGGCUGGAGGUGGAGGCCGCCUCCCUGGGACAAGCCUUCAGGCAGGCGUACAGGGCUCAGAGCCUCAGCUUCCCCAACUAUGGCCUGAGCCAAGGCCUCACCUCCCGCCGGUGGUGGGUGGAUGUGGUCUUACAGACCUUCUACCUAGCAGGUGUUCGAGAUGCCCAGGCUGUGACCCCCAUCGCUGAGCAGCUGUACGAGGACUUCAGCAAGCCCUUCACCUGGCAGGUGUUGGAGGGGGCUGAGGCCACCCUGAGGGAGUGCCGAAAACGAGGUCUGAGGCUGGCAGUGGUCUCCAACUUUGACCGGCGUCUAGAGGACAUCCUGAUGGGUCUUGGCCUGAGGGAAUACUUUGACUUUGUGCUGACCUCUGAGGCUUCCGGCUGGCCCAAGCCCGACCCCCGAAUUUUCCGUGAGGCUUUGCGGCUUGCUCAGGUGGAACCGGCAGUGGCAGCCCAUAUUGGGGACAGUUAUCCCUGUGAUUAUAAGGGGGCGCGGGCUGUAGGUAUGCACAGCUUCCUGGUGGUCAACCCAGAGCCUUUGGAUGCUGCCAUCAAAGACUCUGUAUCUCAAGAAUGCCUCCUCCCCUCACUGUCCCAUCUCCUGCCUGCCCUUGACCACCUGGAAGUCUCACCCCUGUAACUUUGAAUCUGAUGAGGGAAGUGGCUGGGCCCAGCAAACGCUGCAGAGAGCCCCUUCUUUCCUGAGAUCUGGCCUUUGCCCCUCUCCCUGCAGCGUCCAAAGGCACUGUGACUAUAAAGCAGUGAAAACAGGGCUUUUAGCCCUGCUCCAACCUGCUUCUGGUUGCUGAAGUUGUUCACACCUGUGUCUCUUUCCCACCCCCUCACCUACAAGAUUCACCGAGAGCCCAACUAGCUUCAAAACCAGGCACUGUCGGGGCGCCUGGGUGGCUCGUUUGGUUAAGGACCAGCACUUGAUUUUGGCUCAAGUCAUGAUCUCACGGUCGGUGAGUUAGAGCCCCACCUUGGGCUCUGCACUGUCACUGCGGAGCCUGCUUCGGAUUCUCUCUGCCCCUCCUGUGCUCGUUCUCUCUCAAAAUAAGUAAAAUAAACUUUUUAAAAAAUUAUAAAAAAAAAACAAAA